UCACUUUCUCUUGGGGAGAUCAAACAAAGGAGUUAUUUCUUCAUCUGCAGCUGAAGAGUAAAAGCACAGCUUCCAAUGGCAUCUCGUAAGGACAGCCAAUUUUUUGAAGGAGGAAGAAGUCAAAAUGUUGUAAAUGGAAGUAGAACCUCUCAUGGACAGUGGGGUAGAGCAUGGAAGGCUGAUUGGUUUUCCUUGAUAAAUAUCAUUCUUCUACUCAUUUCUUGCCCCUUUAUCGUCUACUAUUUUAUAAUGUCAUGUGAUCAAUACAAUUGCUCCUUGAGUGAGCCAGCCAUUAAGUUGCUUUCAGGAAGAGUUCACCUCUUGGAUAUCUGGGACAAGACACCAUCUUUCACAUGGAAAGCUCUAAUCCUCUAUACUUCUUGGGUAAUUUUCCAGGCAUUUUUGUUUAUGAUUCCUGACUUUUGCCAUAAAUUUCUUCCUGGGUUUAAAGGAGGAGUGCAAGAAGGUGCCAUUUCACCUGCUGGUGUAGCACUCAAAUAUGAGAUUAAUGGACUACAGGCCUGGCUCAUAACACAUACCCUCUGGUUUGCAAAUGUUUAUUACUUCCAGUGGUUCUCACCCACCAUCAUUUUUGACAAUUGGAUUCCACUCUUGUGGUGUGCGAAUAUUCUGGGCUAUUCAAUGUCCAUAUUUACAUGGUUAAAGGCCUGCUUUUUCCCCUCUAAUGCAAAGGACUGCAAAUUCACUGACAAUUUCUUCUAUGACUUCAUGAUGGGAAUUGAACUUAAUCCACGCUUGGGAAAGUGGUUUGAUUUCAAAUUGUUUUUCAAUGGCCGACCUGGUAUUGUAGCAUGGACUUUGAUUAAUUUAUCCUAUGCUGCGAAACAACACGAACUGUAUGGACAAGUCACUAACUCUAUGCUACUUGUCAAUGUCCUACAGGGUCUAUAUGUUUUGGACUUUUUCUGGAAUGAAACUUGGUAUUUAAAAACAAUUGAUAUCGCCCAUGAACAUUUUGGAUGGUAUCUUGCCUGGGGAGACUGUGUGUGGCUUCCGUAUCUCUAUACUCUACAGGGGUUGUACCUGGUCUAUCAUCCUGUCCAACUUGCUACCAGCUACGCAUUUGGAAUUCUUUUACUGGGUUUUGUGGGCUACUAUGUUUUCAGAAUGGCCAAUCAUCAGAAAGAUCUCUUCCGUCACACUGAUGGCAACUGUAAAAUUUGGGGCAAGAAACCCAAAUAUAUUGAAUGUGUCUACACAUCAGCCAGCGGGACUAAACACUACAGUAAACUGUUGGUUUCAGGAUUCUGGGGUAUGGCCCGCCAUUUUAACUAUACUGGAGACUUGAUGGGCUCCCUGGCAUACUGCCUCUGUUGUGGUCUUGAUCAUAUUCUUCCUUACUUCUACAUACUUUUCAUGGCCAUUCUCCUGGUCCACCGCUGCAUUAGGGAUGAACAUCGAUGCUCCAACAAGUAUGGCAAGGACUGGAAGAGAUACACUGAUGCAGUACCAUACCGACUCUUUCCAGGGAUUUUCUAAAGGCUUAUUUUAGACUUAAAAUACACUUGCAGAACAAGUUUUGAGAUCUACAAAUAUGUGAUAUCAGCAGUAUUUUUGGCCCAUAUAAUGGUGUGUGAGUUACUUGUUAAGAUAUGUAAAAAAUAACAUAAAAUAAGAUGCAUGUUAUAUGAACUUUUAAAAGGUGUUUUUGGUUUUUUUUAGAAAGUUACUUUUUGUACCAAUUUGUUCCCCCCAACAUUUUAAAUUAAAAAUGAACAUAAUCUUG